CAAGCUUUUUUUUUAUAGGAAAAUAUGCUUAAAAGUCACAAUGAAGUAAAUUGUUAAUAAAAUUUAAAAAAUCGGACUCGUUCAUCUCAACCCGUUCGUUCAGGAACGAUCAAUUUUUGUUGUCUCACGAAUCACGAAGGUUUUCUCCGUUCAUCCGUUGGUGUCUGCCGACUACCGUAGUACCGUCCUUUGUUUUCUUUUUUUUUGUUUGUUUUUCUUUGUUUUCCAAUGUUUUCUUUAUGAUCCGCCUUUUCUUUUUAUUGCGAUUACAGUAAAAAAUUCAAUUUAUUCAUUUUCUCCGUUUGUGUAUGAGUCAUGCCAACUGUAGAUAUUCAAUGGGUUUUGUUUUCUUUUGACAUCCGACAUUUCACACCUUCACAAAAGAUUUAGCUUUAAGUUUCCUUUAUUCGUUAGUAAAGAGUAGCUUGUAGUUUUCAAUAAUAAAGUCAUUUUUAACAAUUAAAAUAUUAAUUAUUAUAUGUCAUAAGUUUUGUCUCCGGUUAUAUUGCAGUUAAAUUUCACCUAUCGGUUUUUGUUUUUUUUACUUUCUUUUUUUAACGUUUUAUUUAUAUUUCACUGCCGGUUCAUCUUGAAUUUUACAAAGGAAACCAAGAUGUUCGCCAUAAUUAUAUUUCUGUUGACAUUCCAAAUGUGGUUGUCUUCCAACACGAUACCAUCCGGAGGAAAGUUGGCCGUUUACAUCAACAAAUGUUGCGAAAUUAAUAAAAUACACGUCAAGAAUGAGUGCAAAGAAGUUAAUCAGAGCUUAUCGUGGGAGCCCACUUUUCUGUCUAAGUCAGUCGACGUCCAAGUGCACGUUAUCAACAGCUAUCCGAAAUGUUACCACAGCCACCUUUCCUCGGUUUAUGACAAUUUCACUGACAGGCUGAGAUUCCUUCUUGAUGGCACUCUCCGACAUUACACUCUCAACGAUCCGCAUACACCUGAUGAGGAUCUGAAAGAUGAACAAAUGUUUUACGACUACCAAGAGGGAACGUACUGCAGUGAGAAGAUGAUUGAUUCGAAUAAUAAAGAAAUGUAUUAUGCGCUACUAUGCCCUCCUAAAGUGAAUUCGAGUUGGACCGAUUUUGAUUUUAUUAUGCGGAAGAUAGUUGAUCCUAUUUUCCAUAUAAUCGCUCUCAUUUGCUACGUCUCCGUUGCCCUUAUCCAUUUUGUGCUUCCACAAUUAAGGGAUCUUUUUGGAAACAUAGUCGCAACAAUAAAUAUAUGCCUAGCUGUUGCACAAGCUGCGGAUAUAGCUAGAAUUAUCACAAAUUUUGGAAUCCCGGUUACCCAUUUCUUAGCAGAGGUCUGUUUGUGUGUUGCCAUUCUUUCUGCAUAUCUAUGGUUGACAGGUCUUGGCUUUUAUCUGUGGAGAACAUUUCGAUCUGAAAAUGUUUUUCUUAGAAUGACCCACGGUAAAAAGUACUGCUAUUAUUCAUUUAGCAUUUGGUCGACAACUGCGUUCUUGACACUUAUUGCUCUUCUUGCUCACUUUUAUCUGGAUAAUCCGCUGGAGGAGGAUAUUUUUGAACUCAUGAAAAUUGGUUGGUUAGUCAUUGCUAUUUUUUAUUUACCUAUAGUCUGUUGUAUUGCUGUGAAUGCAUAUUUUUAUCACCGUACUUCUGCAUGUAUGAAAGUUUAUGGUAGAUAUGGAAGAAUACAUCAUAAAUUCAAGAUAUGUGUGGACAUUUUUGGGAGACUGCAAUUAGCGAUGUUAAUCUAUUGGGCAUUUUUACCCCUCUCUUGGCUACCGUUCAAUGUCGCAUACUACAGUUAUAUUUUUGUAAAUGCACUCAUCGCACCAGUGAUUUUAUAUAUAAGUAUACUUAGUCAAAGAAGAGUGAGAUUCUUGCUGAGGAAAGAAUGCUGUUUUGAAAAGUGCCUUUUUAAGUGCCUUCGACCAAAUCAGCCAGAAGAUAUUCCAGAAUGGGGUGAAGAAAUGAUGGCUAUAUAUAAAUAAAAUUAUAGGACCCGAGUGGCUGAUAUUCUUUGAUCGUUCUAAUUGCCACGUUCGCUAUUUUUUCAUUGUAAUGACUGUUUUUUUUCAAUUUCCACUUAAUUUUUGCAUAUUUGAAAAUUAAGGAUUAGUAAUAGUAAACUGAUACAUUCCCUAACAUUGUAAUGAUAAAAGUGUGCCUAAGUACUUUUUUUUUAUAUGAGACUAAUAUAUAGUUUCAAUUUGGUUCUCAAAAA